CCAAAGGGAAUAUAUAUAAGCAGAAAAGAGGAAACACGCACCUAAACAACUGUUUGAAGUCUGGUCUUUCCUCGGAAAGAAAAUAACGAUGACAACGGUGGAGUACGACCUAGACACGUCAGGAGGUUUGAUGGAGCAAAUCUUAAAGUUGGUAGCUCCACCAACCUCUGAAGAUCCUUCCAGAAAACCCAAAAGACCGGUGAGAGAGUACCGACGCCCUGGACGUACUGUCAACCACGAUUGUUGUGAUAGCUGUAAAGAAGGUGGUGACCUACUGUGCUGUGACCGAUGUCCAGCUGCCUUUCAUUUGCAAUGUCAUGAUCCCCCUUUAACAGAAGAUGACGUACCAUCUGGAGAGUGGGUUUGUCGUCGUUGUACCUUAUUAGCUGCUGAGUCUGAAGCGAAACGUUCUGUAAAAGAUGGAGUCACCGAGAUGGAAGUUGAAGAAGAGGAGGAAGAAGACAUGAAUGAGGACACAGACCAGUUACAUCCUUUGCUUGUGCUUGCUAAGGCUGCUCGCUACACCAACCCAACUCAGUUUGAGCUUCCAAAGGAGAUAGUUUGUACAGAACCUCUUCCAGGAACCAGUAAACGUAAAUGGUUGAAAGACAACCGGAAUCCACCGAAGAAGUUACCACACGAAUUAGAUAACGGUCUUGUCCCCUUACCUGCAAAACUGUGUUUUAUGUGUAAUAAGAGCUGUCGGAGAGCCCCUCUUAUACAGUGUGAUUUCUGCUCGCUUCUAUUUCAUAUGGAUUGCCUGGAUCCUCCACUAACUACACUUCCAACAGGCCGAUGGAUGUGUCCCAAUCAUCCAGAAAAUUUUAUUGACGAGAAACUCUUAAAGUCAGUGAGCCUCUCAGAACGGAUUAAGCUCAGAGCAAAAUUUUCAGGACAUAUUAAUAUGCAUGCUGUAAAAAUUGACUUCUUGAAAAAAGUACACAGACAAUCACCUCCUUUCCGGUUAAAAAUACGGCAUCCAAAGCGAAAAUCCAUUUCUAUUCCUUCAGCCAUCAAAGACUUGUAUAUGAAUCCACCUCCUUUGCUUCCACGUGCAUCUGAGGCAGCACUGAUUGCCUCCAUGCAGCCCAUGUUAAAUAAAUCCAAUUCUGCUUCAACAAAUGGCCUGUUUGCCGGUAAUUCACAGCUACAGACAGGCUCCCUACUAUCCAACCCCACGGGGAGUUCAACUGAGCAGAAAGCAACUAUUGAAGAACAAGAGGAGUGGUUGGCCAGUGUUGUCUCCUUGCAAACCAGUAUAGCUAAGUAUUUGGCUCAGAAGCAACUCUACAGACAAAACAAUGACUCACCAAAGAACGGUGACAAUAACAAGGUGCAGCCUGGCCAUCAGAGCACAGCAACGUGCAUGUCGGGAGGCAUCGGCUCUGGUGACAGUAACAACAACAACAACAACAACAACAACAACAGCAGCAGCCUAGCUGUGAAUAGCGUUGCAGGUAUCAACUGCAUAACUGAAACAGAUAAACUAUCGGUGACCACCGCUACCAACACCACCACCACCACCACCACCGCUACUACUACUGCUACUUCUACUACUUCUACUACCACUACUACUACUACUACUUCAUUGUCAUCUUCCACUUCCCCAUCGACGUCGACGACAGUUGAAACAACAACGCCUGCGACAACGAGCGGAGCAUUGACUGCACAGCAGAGUGCAUUCACCGCAGUCGACAGAAACUCUUUGCAUUCUCUGAUUGUUCCUACAUGCAUCACCACUGCAUCCACUACCACCACCACCACCACCACCACCACCACCAGCACCAGCACCAGCACGUGUCUGGUGUCUCCUGACUUACUUGCUGCUGCACCCCCCUACUGCAGCGGUGAUAGCCAGCUCAUGGAUGUGAAGUCAUCACCUCCACUGGCAACAGUUUCAUUACUCAACAACAACAACCUCUCCACCACCCUGAAUGGUGACACGGACAUUGUAGAGAACAACUGUAGGACCUCAUCAACUUCUACAAAGCCAGAAGCCUUGGUUAUGAAGACCAAGGGCAUUAGCAGUGCCAGUGCUGGCAACAACAACAACAACAACAACAACAGUAGUAGUAGUUGUAGUAGUAAUAGUAGUAGUGUUAGUAGUAGUAGUAGUAGUAGUAGUUUAGACUCUUCCACAACGCCAGGCAUUGUAAAAGUAUUGUGGCCCAGCAGCAGCAGUAGUAGCAGCAGCAGUAGCAGUGUUGCUUCUGCAGGAGAGAAACCCUCAGGUGGGGUCUCUUCCUCUUGCCAAGCAACCUCCACUAUGAAAAAUCUGAUGCUGAAUGCCACAGGUAACAAGACUGGUAAUUCUCUGAUGACCAAAGUGGUCUCCAGUGCCAGCCAGGGAGGUAAGAUUGUCUGCAAUAACACCAACAAGAUGGCAAAUAACUCUUCUAUGUUGAUUCAAAGACUUGCCAUGCAGCCGUCAGUGAAACUGGCCAGCUCCAUGGUUGGUAAAAUGCCAAGUACAAUUUCUGGAAGUAACGGGGGAGCUGCA